AUGGAUGACAGCGUGAGUGAAGGCUGCGCAGCCUACGCCGGUAAAUGUGGCUGUGGACCUCAGGAGCCUCCUAGGGCCCUCCUGGCCUAUUCGAAGUCCUGUCUGAAGAUCACUCAACAGCGAACUCGGCAGGUUUACUGGUGGAUGGAGGAACCAUGUGGGACUCUGGAUCCUGGGAUAGGGUUCGUGCUCGGUACCCGGAGAGCAUGCCUCAACCCGGCAUUGUGCGGUCAGCGUUCGGGUCUCCUUGGCCGCUGUCUGGCCGCCCGGCCCAUGUGUUCCCGAGUCUCAGGCCGUGGCCCCAGUCCGACGCGCUCGCAGGAGAGGCCCGGGCCCGGAAUGGCGGACGCGCUGCCCAGCUGCACCCGGCGCGGCGGGGUGCGGCACGGGCUGCUGGAGAGGAUGGUGCCCCUCAAGCGGGACGGCCCGCCGCGCGCCGAGCCCGAGGCGGCGGGGCGGCGCGCGGCCGGCGACGGCGGCUCCUGCUCGGGCUGCUGGUGCUGGCGGCGGCUCUUCCGGCGGGGUGCGGCCCGCGGCCCGCGCAGGAAGAAGGCGCGGUACGCGAGGCCCGGGCCAGCGGCCCAGGAGCGCGGCCGCUGGGGCCCCGCGGGCCUGCGGAAGCUGCUGCAGAGGCUGGUGGCGUGGAGACGGCGCUACCUGCGGCGCGGGGAGCGGUGCGAGAGGCUGGAGGAGAUCCCGCUGCUGGUGCUGGACCGCGCGCAGGCCCGCGACUAGGCCG